AACUAGAAAGAAACUCAGAACCUAGAAAGAGCGGGCAUUCAAAACCCUAACUCAGCCGAAGUCUCUACACUACACUUUCUUUCACUCUUCUUCUUCUACCUCCUGCUUUCUCUGAUCUUUGCAAGCACUUGGAGCUUCCUCAUAGCCAACAAUGUCGGCCAUGCUGCAACCCCAGAUCUUAUUGCUCAAGGAAGGUACGGACACCUCCCAAGGGAAGCCGCAGCUGGUGAGCAACAUAAAUGCUUGCACGGCCGUGGCGGACGUGGUGCGGACCACUCUUGGUCCCAGAGGUAUGGACAAACUCAUCCAUGAUGAUAAAGGUAACGUCACCAUCUCAAACGACGGUGCUACCAUCAUGAAGCUUCUCGAUAUUGUCCACCCUGCUGCUAAGAUCCUCGUCGACAUCGCCAAGUCUCAGGAUUCUGAGGUUGGUGAUGGAACCACCACUGUUGUCCUGCUUGCAGGGGAGUUUCUAAAGGAGGCCAAGCCUUUCAUAGAGGAUGGUGUCCACCCUCAACUUUUGAUUAGAAGUUAUCGCACUGCGUCCACUUUGGCAAUUGAGAGAGUAAAAGAACUAGCCACUAGCAUAGAGGGAAAAAGUUUAGAAGAAAAGAAAGGCCUACUGGCUAAGUGUGCUGCUACAACACUCUCAUCAAAACUCAUCGGCGGAGAAAAGGAGUUCUUUGCAUCAAUGGUUGUUGAUUCUGUUAUUGCAAUUGGUAGUGAGGAUCGACUGAAUAUGAUUGGGAUCAAGAAGGUUCCUGGUGGUAACAUGAGGGACUCAUUUCUAGUAAAUGGUGUUGCCUUUAAGAAGACAUUUUCAUAUGCAGGAUUUGAACAACAACCAAAGAAGUUCCUAAAUCCCAAAUUACUUCUACUAAACAUUGAAUUGGAACUGAAAUCUGAAAAGGAAAAUGCUGAGAUAAGACUUACAGAUCCAUCACAGUAUCAGUCCAUUGUUGAUGCGGAAUGGAAUAUUAUUUACGACAAGUUGGAUAAGUGUGUACAGAGUGGAGCCAAAGUUGUUCUCUCACGGCUGGCUAUUGGUGAUUUAGCAACACAGUAUUUUGCAGAUCGCGAUAUAUUUUGUGCUGGUCGUGUGACUGAAGAAGAUCUGAACCGAGUAGCUGCUGCUACUGGUGGAACUGUACAGACAUCCGUUAACAAUGUCAUUGAUGAGAUCCUAGGAACUUGUGAACUCUUUGAGGAAAGGCAAGUUGGAAAUGAGAGAUUCAAUAUAUUUAGUGGAUGUCCUUCAGGUAGAACAGCAACUAUAGUUCUUCGUGGUGGAGCUGAUCAGUUUAUAGAGGAAGCCGAGCGAAGUUUACAUGAUGCAAUCAUGAUUGUUAGAAGAGCAUUAAAGAACUCUACUGUAGUUGCUGGUGGUGGUGCUAUAGAUAUGGAGAUAAGCCGAUACUUGAGGCAGCAUGCACGGACAAUAGCUGGAAAGUCUCAGCUUUUCAUCAACUCUUAUGCAAAAGCUCUCGAGGUUAUCCCACGACAACUCUGUGACAACGCUGGUUUUGAUGCAACCGAUGUGCUAAACAAAUUGAGACAGAAACACGCACUUCCCUCUGGUGAGGGUGCUCCUUAUGGAGUGGACAUCAACACUGGUGGAAUCACUGAUUCAUUUGCCAAUUUUGUCUGGGAGCCAGCAGUUGUAAAGAUCAAUGCUAUAAAUGCCGCUACUGAGGCAGCUUGCCUUGUUUUGAGUGUGGACGAGACAGUAAAAAACCCCAAGUCUGAGAGUGCUCAAGGAGAAGCCGCUGCAAGCGCCAUGGGUAGAGGGCGUGGCGGAGCUGCUUUCCGCGGUGGUCGGGGACGCGGAAUGCGUAGGCGAUAGGGCUUGUUUUUGGAAGUUAGGAAACUUGCAUUUUUGGGAGUGUGAGAAAAUGGGCAAGGUUUUGUUUUGUUUUUGUUUAUGUUUUGCUCAGUCAUUGGUGGUUAUGUUGUGUGUGCUCAAUUACAGUGAAAUUUAAUCUGAAUUCAUUGGAAUGGUCCUUCCCUGAAUUCACUUGCAAAUGAGUGACUUAAUUUAGAGUUGAAGUUGAACUCA